AUGGUGUUCUCGAGCCAGACCGGCGCCUUCUCCCCCUCGCAGUUCACGCCCUCGAGCACGACGCCUCUGACCGUGAAGCAGAUCGCGGCCGCGCAGCUGACCGGCGCCGACGAGGAGGGCGUGCCCUUCGUCGUUGACGGCGUCGAUACGUCCAAAAUUAGGGUCGUGGGGAUGGUGAGCGGGAAGGCCGAGAGGGCGACGGACGUGACGUUCACAAUUGACGACGGCACUGGCCGCAUCGACUUCAUCAGAUGGGUGAAUGAUGCUGCAGAUUCUGCUGAAACCGAUGCUAUUCAGAAUGGUAUGUAUGUUUCCGUCAUCGGUACCCUCAAGGGACUCAAGGACAAGAAGCGUGCUACUGCUUUCUGUGUCAGGCCUGUAACUGAUUACAAUGAGGUCCCGCUGAUGACCAGCGGAACAAAUGGAUCGGUGACUGAUUUGUAUACGCAGGUGCUGAAUGUUUUCAGUGAACCAUCUGAGAGUGAUCAUGGUGUGCAUAUUGAUGAAAUCGCCAAGCGACUCGGACUACCAGUAAGCAAGAUAGUGGAUGCUAUCAAUUUUCAUGUCGAUUAUGGGCACAUCUUCUCCACGAUUGAUGACUUCCACUACAAGUCAGCAUACAUCGACUGA